GUCACUGGGUGUUGGUUGCUAUGGAUCUUUCGAGACUAAUGGUGUAUUAUCUCGAUUCGUUAUCGGGUGAUUGGAGUAAAUAUCCGAGUAUGAAGAAGACGGUUGACGCGGCAAUACUAAAAUUUAGAUCGAAAAAGAAUUACCGUAAUAGGAAGGACAUUACCUGGAUCAGAGUUCAGUGUCCUCAGCAAAACAAUUCGGUCGAUUGCGGAUUUUUUGUAUUGAGAUUUAUGAGAGAUAUCAUUGCGUUGAAUCGUAUAGACAUCCCAAAAAUGUACUUUGAGGAAUACAAAUCUUACUCAAGAGCUCAUUUGGAUGAAAUGAAGGAUGAAUUGUGUCAAUUCAUUGUUGAUCAAAGAAUCAUAUAGCUAGGUUGUAUAUUGUUGUACAUAUAUGUAUGGAAUGUUGUUGUUGUAUGCUGUUGUUGUAUAUAUGUUGUAUAUUGUUGUUGUACUUUUACUAAAUCAUGAAUAUGUUGUUGUAUAUUGUUGAUCAAAGAAUCAUAUAUUAAUGUUGUAUAUAUGGAGGAUUAAUGUUGUAUAUAAAUGGAUUCAUGUUGUAUAUAUCAAUGGAUUAAUGGU